GUUGCGGCGCCGCGCCGCUGAAAUCGGCAGUGCGCUAUAGCGGUGCGGCGCCGCAACGCACGACGUGAAUUCCAGCGUUAUGACGUCAUACUUGUUGACAAGGAUGCAGUUUGUUUCUAACACUCUUGCAAACAACACGUGUCAACCGAGAAGCAGUUUUAAAAUUAAAAUGUCUGACGUUGACGUCGAUCUGUUUAUAUCUUCGGUUCAGGAACACCGUUGUUUGUGGGAUACUAGUGACGAAACCUAUAAAGACAAAUUUAUAAAACAAGAAGCAUGGAAAAGCAUUUGUGAGAUCGUUUAUGUUGAUUACAAGGAAAAAAACUCAACCGAAAAAUCAAAACUGGGUAAUGAUUUAGUCAAGAAGUGGAAGGCCAUAAAAGAUAAUUUUGCUAAAUAUCAAAAAAAACUAAAAGAUGCCAAUCGAUCAGGAGCUGGAGCUGCAAAAAUUAAAGAAUAUCACUUGAAUAAACAAUUACAGUUUUUGAAAAAGGUUUCACAAAAUGCAACUGAUUCCAGUUUAUGCGUAGCGGAAGGAGAUAUUGAGAAUGAAAUAACGGCAUUGCCUCGUUAUAAAAGUCAACCACGAAAACGAAAGGCAGAUGAUAAGGAUGAUAUUGAAGAAGAUUUAUUGGCAAUAUUAAAAACACCGGAGAAUAGACAUUUGCAUUUUUUCAAGGGGAUUUUACCAUCUCUACAAUCGUUAAAUGAGAAUCAAACAUUGAUAUUUCAAAGUCGGGUGCUUCAAAUAUUAACCGACAUUCUUCAACCUUCAAUUCAUCAAAAUACACAUCACGGCUAUAAUCAAGAAUAUCAGCAUCAGGGUUACAAUCAAGGAUAUUCAACUAUGAGAUACGAUAAUACGGUUCAGAGUGGCUACCACACUUCUACUCCUGGAAGUUCGAUUACUGAACAGAGGACUACCUCAUCAUCAAACCAACAACGUCCAAUAAAUUCACCAUUUUUACUGGACGAAACGUCAGCUACUUCCUAUGUUUCACAAGAUGAGGAGUUUGAUUUUUCUUAAAUUGAUCAUUACAUUUUUUAAGGCCUAUUAAAGUAUUCUUAAAGUAAGAAAAUUGUAUAAUGCAAAAAGCUUAAUUUGA